AUGACACCCUCGGAGCUACCAACGGAUAUGGCAGAUGUAGUUAAUGAAGAUCUUGCUUUCGACUUCGACUUACCCGCCAUGCCAACACACUCUACGGCAGACAUCUUAGACUUCGACUUCUGUACCGACGCAAACUCUCUCGAUGCACUUUCGGAAAUGCUGAACCCAACAUCCAACCAAUUCGAACAGAUGGCGCUGCAAAGAGCUGGCACGCAAGUAAAGACGCCCUUCACGUCAGGGCAUCUUUCACCGUACGCAAAGUCCAGAGUAGAAUACUCAAUCGAACAUGUCAAACUCGCGCCAAAGAUGAUGGUAGAGCAAGCCUGUACGCCCUGGGCGCACCCAUUACUCUACGAAGGGCAUAUGCCCAGGUCACUACAAGACGCACACGCAGCAUGUGCCCUUUACAUCACUAGGAAUGAUAUUAACGCUGAGCAUGUCGCACGGUACAUAAUAAGCCGCGCUGAAGAGCUUGUAAACGUCGCUUUGCCAACUACACCAAUAGAGAUCCUAGCUCGUACACAGGCCCUUAUGCUAUAUCAGAUCAUGCUUCUAUUUGGUGGCGAUGUACGAUUCUGGGCACGAGCCGAUGCCCUACUGCCUCAUCUUGAGGACAUAGGCGCCGCGCUGUUAUCUAUUGCGGCUGAAGAGACUGAGGUAUCUGGAUCUAUACCACUUUAUCCCAGUACGAUUGCUCGCUCAGCUUGGAGAUCGUACAUCUUCCGCGAAUCAGCCCGUCGUACUGUUCUGUGUGCCUUCCAUAUAACCGUCAUGUGUACCCUGCUUAGCGGUCAACUGAAGACUUGCGCUCACGAUCUCUCCCUAAAGAACCGCGUCACGCUUUCUGCGCAUCUGUGGAAGGCAACCAGUGCUUUCGACUUUGCCAUGGCUUGGAACGACAGGAAUCACUUCGUCAUCAAAGAGCUCGACUUCACAGAUGUCAUGAAGACUGCGCAACCGGAUGACUUGGAUGUAUUUGCUAACAUGAUGCUUGUUGGACUGCAGGGUAUCGACGACAUGCGAGGCUGGUACCAUACACGUGGUGGCAUCUUGCUCUAG